GUUCUUGAUACUAGUUUGUUAAGAAAUGGAAUAGAAACAUGGCUUAAAAGUGAAGAUCUUAUUAAACAACGCUAUAAAACGUUGACAUUAGCAUAUACAAUUAUGAUGGAAUCUUUGAUUACAAUGUUUCUUCGAAGAAGUGAAAUCUUAAGAGUUAUUGAUCAAUAA